GUUUAAUUAGCCUCAUUACUUCCAAGUUCCCCCCCUCUAUAUAAACAUUAUAAAGUAUAAACCACUCUCAAAAAAACCCCUAUAGUCAUCUCCAACAAUAAAGUUUGGAAAAAUCAAUCAUUGUUCCCAUUUUCCUGACUUCAUUUUCUCUCUCUCUAUUUAUCUAUCUCUAUCUCUAUUUCUCUUGGUCUUCAAAACAAUGAGUCGUAGUGCUGCAACAAGGAUGACCAGCAGGCUGCUUCUAAGCCACCAUGGUCGUCAACGUGUCUUCUCUACAACACCAUUUGGUAAUGCCAUGAGUAGUGAAGUCUCACAUGUCUCAAGGCCUACUAGCAUUGGAUGGGUUAGAUUUCCGAUGCUAGAGGUCCGAAACUGGAGUACUAUGGCUUCAGGGGCGGUGAAAGACGAGAAACCAGGGCAACUGGCAAGCUCGGCGGCUGGCAGCGAGGAGGGUGGUAGUGAGAAGGCCAUUGUGAGCUACUGGGGUGUGGCUCCGCCUAAGAUAUCCAAGGAGGAUGGUUCACCCUGGAGGUGGAAUUGUUUUAGGCCAUGGGAGACGUACAAAGCAGACACCUCAAUCGAUAUUAAAAAACACCACAUGCCAGUUACAUUUAUGGAUAAAUUUGCUUUCUGGACUGUCCAAGCUCUUAAAUACCCUACCUACUUAUUUUUCCAGAGAAGGCAUAUGUGCCAUGCAAUGCUGCUAGAAACAGUAGCUGCAGUCCCCGGCAUGGUCGGAGGUAUGCUUCUGCACUGCAAGUCCUUACGUCGAUUUGAACACAGCGGUGGCUGGAUCAAAGCCCUGCUGGAAGAAGCAGAGAACGAGCGAAUGCACCUCAUGACCUUCAUAGAGGUAGCCAAGCCUCAAUGGUACGAGAGAGCCCUCGUAUUCGCUGUCCAAGGCGUGUUCUUCAACACUUAUUUCCUCGCCUACUUAGCCUCCCCUAAGCUCGCUCACCGGAUCACUGGGUACUUGGAAGAGGAGGCGGUAAACUCGUAUACCGAAUUUCUCAGAGAUUUGGACAAGGGAGAUUUUGAGAACAUCCCUGCACCGGCUAUCGCCAUCGACUACUGGCGUUUGCCACAGGAAUCAACUCUCCGGGAUGUUGUUGAGGUUAUCCGAGCAGACGAGGCGCAUCACCGGGACCUUAACCACUUUGCAUCGGACAUCCAAUGUCAAGGACAUGAGCUAAAGGAGUAUCCUGCUCCACUAGGAUAUCACUAAAACUCUCAUAUGCUUAAGAAAAUAACUAAUACAUUUACAUGUUUGUGACCAUAUCAGUUUGGAUUUGAUUUUAUCCUAUGUAACUUUCUUUGUUUAUUAUCCAAAUAUUGAGUUAACGUGUUGUAUCUGAUGUUCCAAAAGCAAGAAGUGAAUUUCUAUGUAACUACAAUUUUUUUUGAGAUUUUGAAAUGCGGUCUUAAUUGAGAGAUUCAAGCAUGUUCAAUUCCAGGAAAUACCCAUUUCUGGUCUUCUUUGACCAUUCCAUGCCCAUUCCUUUUUUUUUUAUUAAAAUACUUACCUUUUUUUUUUU